AAAGUUACCGAAGGUUCAAAUUUAAUAAAUGAAGUUGAUCGUAUAAUAUAAAUACGAAAUGAAAAUAAUAAUAGUGAUUGUGGCAAAAAACAAGACACAAAAGAAGCAAGUUUGAAGUCAAUCAGUCCUUAUUGCUCAGGGAUCCUCAGGUACUAAAACUAGCAAACACUGCUUUUGCGUGUCUUUGAAGUCAGUCUAUAACAGCUAUUGUUUCAUCUGUAUAUUACUAUAAGAAAAAUAAACACAUUGAUUUAUAUGCGACUGCUUUUUUCACAAUUAUAACCUUGUCUCGUUUUUAAUGAAAAGAAGCAUAAAUAUUUGGAUACACUCACUUUUGCCCAUUUAUAACACCAGAGAGAGAGAGAUAUAGGGAUAGAGAGAGAGACAAAGAAGUACUAGAAAGUUGAAGGAGAGUUUCUGAGUGAGAUAGAAGAAGGAAGAGAGAUGGGUAGGAGAAGGAACAUUGGUUUUGAUAAAAUUAUAGAAGAACGGAAGAUGUUGAGCUUUUUCAAGAUUUUUCAGAGUUCAGAUCUAUCUUCUGAAUGCAUGAGAGCGUUUUCUUACAGCUUCAUAAGUAGACUCUCAAGGAAAGACUUCUCUUACAAGAUGGUGAUAAGAGCGCAAUGGGGAAAGACAUGGCAUCUAGAAAUCUCCAAGAACCCGAGAUACUACUACAUUGAGAGGCGUGGAUGGGAUCAGUUUGUGAGUGACAAUGCUUUAGGAGAAAACGAGUUCAUUACCUUCACUCACAGAGGAAAUAUGGUCUUUCAUGUCAACAUCUACGAGCAGAAUGGUGUAGAGAUGCUCACACCUCGAAAAUUCCAGACAAUGGAUUCUUCUAGUGGGAUCAAGAAAGAAGGAGAGAGUAGCUUCAAAGAUGUGAAGAAGGAAGAGGAAACUGAUGAAUCCGCGGGACGAGCUGAGUUCGUAGUUAGAAAGAGGAAGACUGAGGAAUCCAAAUCAUCCAAGAAGAAGAUGGAGAGAAAGAAAGUGAAGAAUGGUGUGGAAACAGGUGAAUCUUCUCGAAGAAGUGAGCUCAAAGCUAGGAAGAAGAAAGCUGAGGGUUACAAUACAUCCAAGAAGAAGAAGAAGAGCAAGAGCAAGAGUAAGAGCAAAGAAGUGCUGAAUGGUGUUCCAGAAUUCAAAAUCACCAUAAGGAAAUCAUACCUCAAGUUCCUGGCAAUCCCAAAACAUUUUGUGGAUGAUCAUAUCCCGAAUAAGUCUAAGUUUUUCACGGUUCGUCACCCGAAUGGGAUUGGUUCAUGGAAGGUGCUCUGCUUGGUGAGGGAGAUUAGGACAAUCUUCUCAGGUGGAUACUCAAAAUUGGCAAGAGAGUAUCCUUUAAUGGUUGGUGACAAAUGCACCUUCAAGCUCAUCAAACCCUUCGAGUUUGUCCUUCUUACCUCCAAGAAGACCAGAGAUGAGAUUGAUCACUACAUGAUCGAUUGAGGAAUGAAUAUUAAGUGUCUUGUGCUUUCUUAUCUAUGGAGACAUUUGUUCUGUUUUAUGUGUAUUUGUUAAUUUCCCUGAAACUCUUUAGCUUGUAUUUUCUGUAGAACUACUAAUGUCCUGAACUUUGUUUUAAGAUUGUUAUGCAAAUCUAUCUAUCGUUUCCUUUGGCA